AUGCCUCCGUUUCACGGCGCACAUCAUCCGGGGCCCUCGCUGUCGCUGAGGUUGAAGGCUCGGGUAAUUAUUGAUUGGCACCUCCGCGGCAGAAUCAGCUUAGUCGGCAUCCGCAGCCUCUGCGACGCAAGCAAUUCGAAGCUGUUGAGAACACCCUGUCCCGACCACCGCCGCCACAACAACCACCAACACGUACACCAGCACCAGUGCCGGAUCUACCAGACCUCUUCAGCCGCAGCCACUUCCAAUUCCCCCUCCACUACGACCACCAGGGCCUCUCGAAGUCUAAUUUUGCCGCCACCGUCUCCCACCUCGCUGAGUCGCCGUACGUCAACAUCCACUUUAUACACCAAGCUUGUCGCAAUGGCGACGCAGCAACAAACACGCAGCCAUUCGGGCCACGGUCACGGUCAUGGGCACCAUCACCACCACCACCACCACCACGGCGACAAUGUCUACCUUACGUCACGCAACAAGAACGACGCCGGCGUGCGUAUCACCCGCAUCGGGCUCUUCUCAAACCUGGGCAUGGCCGUUGCCAAGGGAGCGGGCGGCUACAUGUUCAACUCGCAGGCUAUGGUCGCCGACGCCUGGCACAGCAUGACUGACCUGGCCUCGGACGUCCUGACGCUCGCGACCGUCAGCGUGAGCCUCCGCCCGCCCACGGACCGCUUCCCGACCGGGUUCGGCAAGAUUGAGAGCCUGGGAUCGCUGGGCGUGUCAGGCAUGCUGCUCAUUGGCGGCCUGUUCAUGUGCUACAGCAGCCUGGGGACGUUAUACGCUCACCUGUUCCUUGAUCCUGCGGCCGCUGCCGAGUUCAUGGCACACGGGCACCAUCACGGACACAGUCAUGGGGCGCACGGGCACGGGCACGGGCACGGACAUGGGCACCUCGCCCCUAGCUUGAACGCCGCCUGGUUGGCAGCCGGCACGGUGGUCAUCAAGGAAUGGCUCUAUCAUGCUACCAUGAAAGUCGCCCGCGAACGCAAAUCCUCCGUUCUCGCCUCCAACGCCGUCCACCACCGAGUCGACAGCCUGACGGGCAUCGUAACGCUGCUCGUGAUCCUGGGUGCCAACUUUUGGCGUAACGCCGAGUGGCUCGACCCGACGGGCGGUCUUUUGAUCUCGCUGCUCGUGAUCCGGGCCGGAUUCAGCAACACUGUGGCGGCGUUCCAGGAGCUGGCGGACCGCGGCCUCGACGACGAGGUCAAGCAGACGGUCAGCAAGCACGUGGCGCGCAGCCUCUCGGCCCUCGAGGAUUGCAGGCACGAUGAGGUCGAGCUGCGCGGCGUCACGGGCGUCAAGUCUGGGCAAAAUUACCUCGUCGACAUAGAGCUGGCGGUGCCUAAGGCCUGGACGGUGGAGGAGUGUCGCGUGGUGGAGGACGCCGUCCGGACACAAGUGGGUGGCAAGGUGCGUGGCGUCAGGAGGGUAAGGGUGCGGUUCGUGCCGAGGGAGCAGGAUGGCGAGGAGGCGCGCAGGUUUGACGAGUUCAUCCCGGGGGACGUUGAGCCGGCUCCCGAAGAGAUUGAGGAUGAUGAUCACCACGACCACCACGACCACGACCACAACGGUCACGGCAAUGACGUCUUCAAAAGGGGCUGGCACCCGGAGAAAGAGGGCACAACUUUCAAGCAGCAGGUGACUGGCGUCUUCCGCAGGGAUGACGGUGAGCGAGCCGCCAGCAGCCACAGCGCUACACCGAUCUCCCAGCUCAGAGACCCGGCCUCGUUCGCGCCGCCGCCGAAACGUACGACCAACAUAAUACCCCCGCCGCCCCUCGCCCCGCGCUCGUCGACAUCCUCGACUCCCCAGCCUCAACAGGAGGAGGCGCCUGCCCCAAUCCCGUCACCACAACCCCGCAGGCCCAACCCGCCAGCUCCCCCGGUGAGGCGGAGCCAGACUCAGCCCAGCCCGCCGCCUGCCGGGUAUGGGGCGGCAAGUCCUGCGUCCUCGGGUCCUCCAUCGCUGCCUCCGAGGCUUCCACCGCGGCACGGCAACUUCAGCCCGCCUCCGCCGCUCACGGCUCCCCAACAGGAGGCCGACCCAGAUGCAGGGGUGAUGAACCGCGGGGCUGUGAGCCGGCUCGGCGCGGCUGGGAUAUCCGUGCCGGGGCUGGGCAUCGGCUCCUCGGGCAAGACCAGUUCCACUGUCUCACCUUCCGACCGGCCCAGCUCGGGCCUCUCCUCGUCGAUAAGCGGGCUGUCGUCUCGAUUCGGCAAGCUGUCAACAUCGUCAUCAUCACCCGCACUCUCAACAAACGACCCGGCAUCGGCCACGGCCGCGCCGAGCCCAGCGAGCGCAGGCGGCGGCACGACCUUUGCCCAGAAGCAAGCGGCGUUCAGGACGGCCAGCAACUUCCGCAAGGACCCGAGCUCCGUGUCCCUGGCGGACGCGCGUGCCGCCGCCUCGACCGCCAACAACUUUAGGCAGCGCCACGGCGAGCAGGUGGCCGCUGGGCUCAAGACGGCCAACGGCCUCAACGAAAAGUACGGCAUCGCGGACAAGGUCUCUUCCUACCACCAACAGCACCAACCACAGCAGCCCGGCGGCGGUGCGCAGGCGACGGGCUCUCCCGGUGGUGCGAGCAGCAUUGCGUCGACGGCCAGCAUGGCGGCGGGCUUGCUGGCCAAGAAGAAGCCCCCUCCGCCGCCUCCGCCGAAAAAGAAGCCGGCAGUUACAGCUGCUGCAGCUUCUUCUGGCGGGAAUGCAGAUGUGCCGCCUCCCAUACCAAUGUCGACCCGACCUACUUUUUGA